GAUCGAUGAGUCUCGGGUGUGGAGUCUCCAUUUCUUCGUUUCCAGAGAUCGAAUGAAGAAUUUGUGAGAGACGGCGACAAAAAAAACCAAUUCUGAUCUUUGGCUCCCCAAUUACAAAGUCAAGGUUCUCACUUCUCUCAAGCUUUUUUAUGCUCUGAAAGAUUGAACAAUUUAGAGUUUGAUCUUAGAAUGAUUAACACAUGGAGUUGGUGAAAGAAAGAAACAGAGGUAGAGCUUUAGAAACAGAGACUUCCAAAGUCACUAUACUCAACAAACACGUGAUGUUCAUUGCCCAUGAAAUCAUGCAAAAAAACUCAAUAUAGGUCACGAGACCUGAAUUUCAUCCUUGUUUUGGACUCUCCUUUCACAUGCUUACCCUGUGAUGCAACAAACUUUGUUAUUUUUUUUCCCUUUAUGGUAAACACUAUAAUCUAUCAACAUUUGCCACAAAAACAGAAACUCUCUAUUUGUAACCAUCUUUUGCUUUCUCUCUUUUUCCCAGUUUGGGAUUCUGGAAAAUAUGGAAUCGAGUUUUCCUUUCAUCAAUCAAGCACUCCUUAUCACUGAUCAACCCUUUAUGACUUUUCACCAUUUCCUGGUAGCAUCAGCAUGUGUCCUCAUAGCAAUCUUUGGUUACUAUUUCUUCAAACCAAGGUGUAUUAUAUACCUUAUUGAUUUCUCAUGUUAUCAGCCUCCUGACUUCUUGCGAGCUCCAGUCUCCAAUUUCAUUGAGCAUCUGACCAUAUCCGGUGUUUUUGAUCAAGAAAGUCUUGAUCUUCAGCAGAAGGUUUUAGAGCGAUCAGGGAUUAGUGAUGACGCGAGUGUCCCUGCCUCAGUCCAUGAGAUUCCACCAAACGCUUCUCUCCCUGCAGCUAGAGAAGAAACUCAUGAGAUCCUCUUCACUAUUGUCGAAGAACUUUUCUCAAAGCAUGAGAUAGAUCCAAAAAGUAUUGACAUCCUUGUGUCUAACUGCAGCCUCUUCUGUCCUUCUCCAUCCAUAACCUCUAUGAUCAUAAACCGGUUUGGCAUGAGGAGCGACAUUAAGAGCUUUAGCUUGAGCGGUAUGGGCUGCAGCGCCGGGAUUCUUUCGGUUAAUCUUGUUAAAGAUCUUAUGAUGAUUCAUGGUGACUCUUUGGCCCUAGUGUUGAGCUUGGAAGCUGUGAGUCCAAAUGGUUACAGAGGGAAGUCUAAGUCAAUGCUCAUUGCAAACACCAUCUUCAGAAUGGGUGGGGCUGCGAUUCUUCUCUCCAACAGGAAGCAAGAUAUCAAUAAGGCGAAAUACAAACUCCAGCAUCUUAUACGAACUCACUUCGGAUCAGAAAAUGAAUCCUACGAGAGUGUAAUGCAGCAAGUUGAUGAAGAAGGGAAAGUAGGAGUAGCAUUGUCCAAGCAGCUUGUGAGGGUAGCAUCAAAGGCCUUAAAGAUCAACGUGGUGGAGUUAGGCCCUCGGGUUCUACCUUAUUCAGAGCAGCUCAAAUACAUAAUCUCAUUUAUCCAAAGAAAAUGGGGAAUGCACAAGGAGAUAUACACACCUAACUUCAAGAAAGCUUUUGAGCAUUUCUGUAUACAUGCCGGAGGAAGGGCGAUUAUUGAAGGUGUGGAGAAGCAUCUGAAGCUGGACAAGAAAGACGUAGAAGCUUCACGGUCAACUCUGUACCGUUAUGGGAACACAUCUUCGUCUUCACUGUGGUAUGAGUUGCAAUACCUGGAAGCUAAAGGUAGAAUGAAGAAGGGAGAUAAAGUAUGGCAGAUCGGGUUCGGAAGUGGCUUUAAGGCUAACAGUGCUGUCUGGAAAUGCAUUUCUGAGAUUGAUUCAAGAGACAGGAAUGCAUGGUCUGAUCGAAUCCAUUUGUAUCCGGUCUGUGGAGAUGCUUCUAGUGAAUUAAGGACAGAGCUCCUUUCUUGACAUUGAUUCGCUGCUCCAUAGAAUAGUUUAUAAAUUCCUUUGAGUUCUCUUUGGUUUGGUCUUAAGCUGAUCAUGCAUUGUAGGAAAAACUUUCCACAUUUUCAGAUUCUUCAAGAGUUGUUUCUUUUAGAUCUCUCCUCUCAGAAAUGUUUUGUUAUUGCAAUAUCAAAUAGGAUUUAGUAUUUACCUUCACAAUAUUUAGUAUCUGCUAUAGUUUAACUUCCUAUAACUGCAAAUUAAACACUAAAUACAAGUACCUGAAACACUAAAAUUAAAGAA